ACUGGUGUUCUUUUUUUCUUGGCAGUCUAGAUUCUUCUAUCCACAAAUACAAAAUUUAAAAAUGAUACAAAUGCUGAUGGUCUCUCGCGCUUAUAAUAUCUUAACACUGCGCUAGUGCUUCUCGGGCACCUUUCGACGAGCUACAUUAACUUACAUAGGUCGAUUCACCCAUCAACCGACACUUUCAAAUAAAAUAUUCAUAGUACAUACCAUUUUACUGUUGUAUACACUCUUUUGCCACCUCAGCCUCUGGACUAUCAUUCUGGAACACUAUACUAGCUGUGCUGCAUUUUUCAACAAUUCCCACGAACUUUCUCCCUGCAAGCAUGAAAUCUUUGCGCUGCCCUAUUACUGGCUCACGCUACACGGCUUCUUCUCCAGCUCAGAAGUUGGAAAAACAAUUGGACGCUUGGCAAUCGACACAAAACUCGUCGGUGCGGUCGUCGGCGCGGUCGUCUUGUUCUACUGCUGGUUAUUCUACUUGUUCAACCCCAAGCCAUGAUCGAAUGCACCACAGCUGCGCUACUCAAGUCGCUAUUCCGUCGUAUAGCCCCACAAACCAUCAACAUGAUAAAUCACUUGACGGCACUCCGAACUCUCAUACUUAUCAAAUCAUAGACUCGACCAAUCUAAAUCGUUACCGGCCUACAGUCAUGAUUGUUGACUCAGAAUGCCUGCAACCGCAGGUCCAAUAUGUUUUCGUCUCUCAAUCCUUUUUGACUCCCAAGGCCAAGGCGCUCAGCUUCCCCGAAGAGCUUAGCCACUUCCCCCGCUAUCUAUCAAAGCCAAUAUCCCCAGCACUUAUAAAUCUGGACAACCCUCAUCGCUCCGCCGCGACAGAGCAAGCAACACGUCCCCCGCGGGAAGAGUGGCCUGUGUUGAUGUCGCACGGUAUUCAGCAUCAUCCACACACACGAACGGACACGAAGUCUGCACCAUCUACGCGCACCACCAUGUCCUCUCGACUGCGAGGGCUGACCCGAGGAAGAUCUAUGACUCGCAAGCAAGCUCAAUUGCGAUCUUGCCCCACCUCUCCCCGAGUUACAGAGGUCCCUGAUUUACCAGACCUAGCACUUUUAAGACAUUUCGACGCGAAGCACACACCUCCUCCGACAACUGCGCCACGCAAGCGAAAGGAAGCUAUCAUUGACAACGCUGCACAUUUCCAUCUCUUGAGGCGAGCGACGUCUGAUUCCGACAAGACACUACGUCAAAGAUGGGAGGAAGCAUCUCCAACGUCCAAAUAAAAAAUCUGCACCGUGUACAACAUUUUCUUGUCAUUAUUAUCAGCUUGACCAAACAUUUUGUGCACCACGACUUGACCGUACAUCAAAAUCUGCUCCUCAAAUAUACAUAAGUUAUUUUUAAUACGUCUUUUAUACUCCUUCAUUAUACACAAAGUUCAUCAUAUUGUACACUCAUUCAAACACUCAUCCUACAAUUCGUACUUUCCACAUCAAAGACAAUUAAGUCCUUUUAUCUUAUACUUAAAAUUACCAUAGUGUUCAUGCACGUGCUGAGUAUACCACAUAAAAGAUUGAUACGGUUCUUUGCAUUGCAGAAGCAAGCUGUGCAUCCCCAGCGAUCUACAU